UCCAGGCGGUGUACGAGGCUCCUGCUUACCAUCUUAUUUUGGAAGGAAUUCUAAUACUCUGGAUAAUCAGACUUCUCUUCUCUAAAACUUACAAAUUACAAGAACACUCGGAUCUUACAGUCAAGCUACCUCUAAAUCCCUGAAGAUGGCUUAUAGAAACGGGACUUUGUGAUCUGGUGGAUCCCUUCACAUAACAGUCACUUCAGUAAGAACUUAGGGUGUGAUGUGUCUUUAAUAGCUGGGAAUAGAGGCUGAGCUCACUGACCUGAAGCCGGGCUUCUUACCUUUGUGUUUCGGACUUUCUUUUUGCUUACUCUCACUCAGUAGCGGUUACACAUCCUACUUCACACGUUGAAAACUCCUGAACAUAGAAAUAAAAUUUUCUCCAACUUUCAAGUUACCCACAAAAGUCUUCAUGGAAAAUGACUCUUAGCUUGUGAUGAGGAAAGAGGAAAAGGAAGAGCUGAUUGAAGAGUGGCAGCCAGAACCUCUGGUUCCUCCCAUCUCCAAAGACCAUCCUGCUCUCAACUACAACAUUGUGUCAGGCCCUCCAAGCCACAACAUUGUGGUGAAUGGAAAAGAAUGUAUAAACUUUGCCUCAUUUAAUUUUCUUGGAUUGUUGGAUAACCCCAGGCUAAAGGCAGCAGCUUUAGCAUCUCUGAAAAAGUAUGGCGUGGGGACUUGUGGACCUAGAGGAUUUUAUGGCACGUUUGAUGUGCAUUUGGAUUUGGAAGACCGCCUGGCAAAAUUUAUGAAGACAGAGGAGGCCAUUAUAUACUCGUAUGGAUUUGCCACGAUUGCCAGUGCUAUUCCUGCCUACUCUAAGAGAGGGGACAUUGUGUUUGUAGAUAAAGCUGCCUGCUUUGCUAUUCAGAAAGGAUUACAGGCCUCACGUAGCGACAUUAAGUUAUUUAAACAUAAUGACAUGGCUGACCUGGAGCGACUGCUGAAAGAACAAGAGAUUGAAGAUCAAAAGAAUCCUCGCAAGGCUCGUGUAACUCGACGUUUCAUUGUAGCGGAAGGGUUGUAUAUGAAUACUGGAGCUAUUUGUCCUCUUCCAGAAUUGGUUAAGUUAAAAUAUAAAUACAAAGCAAGAAUCUUCCUGGAGGAAAGCCUUUCCUUUGGAGUCCUAGGUGAGCACGGCCGAGGAGUCACAGAGCAUUACGGGAUCAAUAUUGAUGAUAUCGAUCUCAUCAGCGCAAACAUGGAGAACUCCCUUGCUUCUGUCGGGGGCUUCUGCUGUGGCAGGUCUUUUGUAAUUGACCACCAGAGACUUUCCGGCCAGGGCUACUGCUUCUCAGCUUCGUUACCUCCCCUGUUAGCUGCUGCUGCAAUUGAGGCUCUCAACAUCAUGGAAGAGAAUCCAGGUAUUUUUGCAGUGUUGAAGGAAAAGUGCGAGCAAAUUCAUAAAGCAUUACAAGGCAUUUCUGGAUUAAAAGUGGUGGGGAAGUCGUUUUCUCCAGCAUUUCACCUGCAGCUAGAAAAGAGCACUGGGUCUCGAGAGAGAGAUGUGAAACUCCUUCAGGAAAUUGUCAGUCAAUGCAUGAACAGAAGCAUCGCGUUAACGCAGGCGCGCUACUUGGAGAAAGAAGAGAAGUGCCUCCCUCCUCCGAGCAUUAGAGUUGUGGUCACAGUGGAGCAAACAGAAGAAGAGCUGGAGAAAGCCGCGUCCACGAUCAAAGAGGUGGCCCAGGCCAUUCUGCUCUAGGCUGCGUCUCAGGGCCUGGUGGACGCCUUCCACACAAGAAACCAGAAGUCCUCUGGGUCACUGUGGAGUGUGGGCGUCUCGGAGACCUCAGGCUGGCCACCGAGAACAUAAAGGAGAGCGUGUGGACAUCUACGGCGUGGAUACAGACCAAAUGGUGACUGUGAGGAGGAUGCUUAUUAUUUCUAAAAAGAAAACACAGCUAGAAGCCCAGGACCUGAUUGUUUUUUUUUAAGAGGGAAACUAAUGGCAGUGUCCAACUGGUAUUUAAAUUGUGCUAUUUAGUACUAUUUAAAACGCUUUAUUGUACUAGUGUUUUAUAUGCUUUGUUGUUGUCAUUUAAAACUGGACCUUCAGUGUCUCGUUUCUCCCUUCUAAUAGUGAAGAGUCUGUAAGCACUCCUUAACGCCCCAUUUCAUAUAAAAAAUGACUUUGAGACAUUGAAGUCAGUACACAUGAUACAAGAUUUAUUACUGAACAACAAAUUCAACCACAUGUUUUCCAGUCUUCAUCAUGUGAAGCUAAAUGGUGGCUAAUAUAUAAAGGGACAAUUUUUGUGUGAUUAUUAUAAACUUUUCAUUAUAAAAGAAUUUUUAUAUACACUAAAUGUUGAUGUUAGGCCAUUUCUAACAGCUAAUCUUAGCAUCCCUAACCAGAGGAUAUUCAUUAUAUGUCCUGAGUGAGCAAUAAUUUAAAUCAAAUACUAUUUUAUUUUAAUAUAUUUAGUUGACCUUUACAUUUAUUAUGUGUUGACUUCUAAUGUUUUAGGAAGAGGAUUAUUGUGAGGAUUGCAAAUUACAAAUCAUGUCUUUAGUAUUUUAGAAUAUCUUGAAUGUAGUCCUUUUUUGUAUAGUGGGUUUGCCUAGGGACAUAUAGCUACUAAGCUAAGAAAAAUGAGGGUUUUUUUUAAGCGUACGAAUUCCAGAUAUCUAAAAAAGAUGUGAAAGUACUAAAAAUAAAAUUUUUAAGCUGUACUUUAGCUGUUUUUUUCUUGAGCAGACCAAGUUAAAUGGCUUGAAAGUGUGUGGUAUGUGCCACAAGAUAGCGCAUAACUAUUACACUGUUACUCCUCUUAGCAACUAACGGUAAAGGAAUAAAAUUGUAAAAGAAGGAAAAGUCAUUUUUCUAACCGAUGUUCAUAUUAACAAAUGGUGGUCUUCAACGUCUUUUUAAAUUACACACAGUAUUUUUAACUGUUUCGUUUCUAUUUUGCUUGAGGUGUUUCGUACGUACGUGCCUUGGGACUGCUGCUGCUCUAAAUGAUACAGUGCUCUUUGAGGGGUGAAUCUGUUUUGUUUUUUAACGAAAUAAACCUACAUUCGUGAU